AAGCCCUUUCUCUCCUCCCUCCCUCCCAAACACAUCCCUUGGUCAGCCAAGAAGACUUCCUUUUCUUGUGGGAGGCAUGUCCAGGCCGGUGGAACCCCUAGUUGUUGGGAGGGUGAUUGGAGAGGUUCUGGACUCUUUCAGACCCAGUGUGAGGAUCUUGAUCACCUACAGCUCCAACAAGCUGGUCUUCAAUGGCCAUGAGUUCUACCCUUCUACUGUCACAUCAAGGCCCAGAGUCGAGGUGCAGGGUGGUGACAUGAGGUCCUUCUUCACACUGGUUAUGACAGAUCCAGACGUCCCAGGGCCCAGCGAUCCAUAUCUCAGGGAACACCUGCAUUGGAUUGUGACCGACAUUCCAGGCACAACAGAUGCUUCUUUUGGAAGGGAGGUGGUGAGCUACGAGAGCCCCCGGCCGAACAUUGGCAUCCACAGGUUCGUCUUCGUUCUCUUCAAGCAGAAGCGACGGCAAGCCGUCAGCCCGCCGGCCUCGAGGGACCGCUUCAGCACGCGCCGUUUCGCCGAGGAGAACGGCCUCGACCUCCCCGUCGCCGCCGUCUACUUCAAUUCUCAGCGGGAGACCGCUGCCAGGCGGCGAUAGAGAGCCAUCGUGCAUGCGUCCACCGCUCCGUCUCUGUUGUCUACUGUCUCUGGUGCAAUCUACUGUACCUCCACUAUCCAUGCAGCUCCCUCCUCCCUCCUCUCCGUGAUCAGAUGUACCGCUCUUAGUCUCUGUGCUGCAGUAUGAUCUACGUUUGCGUUGUCGUCGA